AUGUUGACAAUUUACUGGCAAAUGGAUGUGGUGUUCCUGGAGGCAUUCACUAUAUUCCCAUUAUACGGGCUCGCUGAUAUCCUCAUCAUUCUUACCAUCUUCAAUCUUCUCGUCGCCAGAUAUUUUGGUUUCGGGAACAUGCUUCUCUACAAUAUCCAGGAUUACGGUGUUGCCUCGUUUCAUUCUAACACCGGACCUCUUAUGUUCAUAGUUCGGAUGUUCGGAAUUUUUCUGAUUACUUCACAGAGAUACGUGGCGGUUUGUUGGCAUGGAAGUCGAUUGAAUGUGUUUAUCGAUAGAUUGCAUCCUCUGAUUCUUGUCGCUAUCCAUUACAUAUUUCCAUGUGUCAUCUAUAUUCCCGCCUUUAUUGUCAGCAGUGCUAAAUUUCAAGACACCGAAAGAUUAUUCAUUAUCAACACACCCACACAUUUACAAACUUUUUCUAUAAUUGUGGUUUCUUCCUUUCUGGUUGCUUCUGUACUCGUGGUUUUUAUGUAUCUUUCAAUUUUAAGAGUAUUAUUUAUUACAAGAAAAAAUGGGAAAAACUCAAUGGGACAAUGUGUUUUCCGUCAACAAGCUCUCCGUUAUCGAGAAAUCCGUUUGGCUGCUCACGUCUUCUUAUUGUCAGUAAUGUCUGCAACUAUUUUUAUAUACUAUUGGAUUGAGUUCUCAAUGGCUGGGAACCCAGAUGACUCUGGCCGGAAAGCUCUCCGUGUGUACUAUCCCAUUUUAUCUUCAAACUUCUCGUAUAUCAAUCCAUUGACUUUAUUUGCUCUCAAUAAAGAUAUCCAGAAAAUGAUCAAAGCUCAGUUCUGUCGAAUCGUUUCGUUUCACACUCCCAAAGUUAUGGUAUCACAUGGAAUUAUAAAGAAUGGAUCAAGAAGUGAUAUGACAUAA